AUGUUGUUGCCGGUGUGUCUCAAAAGGCCGCCCCUGCAAGGCUUUGCCUUCGCCGUCGCCAUUUUGACCUUCGAUCUGUUGUGGAAAUUCAGUCAAAUCCAGUGGACUCAAUUGAGUGCCGAGUCCCUAAGAGAGACGCUGGCAUUCGUAGAGAAUAUCACCAUCCACGAAAAUGAGCUCGACUUCGUCAAAACCAACGAGUUGCAUACAACUGGCAGUCUGCGUAAUCUUCGGAUAGCAUUCAUUGGCGAUUCCCUGACUCGCUACCAAUAUCUCAGCUUGGCCUACUAUGCUCAGGCUGGACGGUGGGUACAAGACAGCGACAAGCCCAACCUUUUGGGAACCCCGCGCCAGUUUAAAACAUGGGAGGAAAAUAACAAUUUUACGAUGGCGCAACUAGGAUAUAAGGAGACGUGCAACUGUUAUCGACCGCCUGGGAAGAUCAAUCUGAAAACCUCGUAUCAGAAUCGCUAUUACGCUGACAAGGAGCGCAACGUAUACUUGACGUACAUUACGAAAACAGGAAAACCCGAAGCUCACGGGCACUGGGAUGCAUCGGGUGUCUACGAGCGACAUCAUUUGGAAGCGAAUUCCUCAUCGUAUCUUUGGCGCUUCGAUUGGGCUGAAACAAUUAGCAAUCAUCUUGGUCGUAUGAAUCCAAAGCCCGACUAUGUCGUACUCAACGCGGGUAUUUGGAAAAAUAACGAUCUAACAGCCGAAACCUUCAGAACUAUCCGAAAGGCCUUGAACAACAUGGACAUUAAAGGAAUCUAUAAAACUACCACGCGACGAUCGUUUGAAACAAAAACAUACUCGGAACCACACGAUGUGGAAGGCUGUCGAGUGUUGCACCAUUGCCUGAAUCUUUCUUGGACAGGCAGCUUGCCGUAUCGACGAAAUUAUUGGGAUCCGGUACAUUUUGUGGCUCAUAUCAAUACCCAGUUCAAUUUUCAGUUGUUGGACUUAUUGCAAACCAUACAGAAACAAAAACCCGCCACACCAGAGGAAGUCACAGAUACACAAAUCAAGGGAAGCCUUCGCAUAGAAAAAACAAACACAGAAUAA